AAACAGGAAGUGCCUACGGAGGCCGGGGAGGCGGCGGGGCAGGGCCUGGGCAUGAGGCCGGGCGGCGACCGGAACGCGGGUGGCGGCGGCGGCGAUGAGCGACAUUGUGGAGAAGACGCUGACGGCGCUGCCGGGACUCUUCUUGCAGAGCCAGUCGGCUAGCGGGCCCGCGACCGCCAAGGCGUCCUUCUCCUCCCGACUGGGCGGCCUGGUCCGCGGCAUCACCGCGCUCACCUCCAAGCAUGAGGAAGAGAAAUUAAUCCAGCAGGAACUGAGUAAUCUGAAAGCAACUGUUUCUGCUCCUACUACAACUCUGAAAAUGAUGAAGGAAUGUAUGGUGAGACUUAUAUAUUGUGAAAUGCUUGGAUAUGAUGCUUCCUUUGGUUACAUACAUGCAAUCAAGUUGGCACAACAAGGAAACCUUUUAGAGAAAAGAGUAGGUUAUUUGGCUGUUUCUUUAUUUCUACAUGAAAGUCAUGAACUGUUGCUUCUCCUUGUGAAUACAGUUGUAAAGGACUUGCAGAGCACUAACCUAGUAGAAGUAUGUAUGGCACUUACUAUCGUCAGCCAGAUUUUCCCUCAAGAAAUGAUUCCAGCUGUUCUUCCAUUAAUAGAAGAUAAACUUCAACAUUCUAAGGAGAUUAUACGAAGAAAAGCUGUCCUAGCAUUAUAUAAAUUCUAUCUCAUCGCUCCUAAUCAAGUACAGCAUAUCCAUAUUAAGUUUCGGAAAGCACUUUGUGACAGAGAUGUUGGGGUCAUGGCUGCUUCCUUGCACAUAUACCUUAGGAUGAUUAAGGAGAAUUCAUCUGCAUAUAAAGACUUGACUGGGAGUUUUGUAACAAUUUUGAAGCAAGUGGUUGGAGGAAAACUCCCAGUAGAUUUCAAUUACCACAGUGUACCAGCACCAUGGUUACAAAUUCAGCUGUUGAGAAUACUAGGACUUCUAGGAAAAGAUGAUCAAAGGACAAGUGAAUUAAUGUAUGAUGUUCUCGAUGAAUCCUUACGAAGAGCUGAGUUAAAUCACAAUGUCACAUAUGCUAUUCUGUUUGAAUGUGUACAUACAGUCUAUUCUAUUUAUCCUAAAUCGGAAUUACUUGAGAAGGCUGCCAAGUGCAUUGGAAAAUUUGUUUUGUCACCUAAAAUAAAUCUCAAAUAUUUAGGAUUGAAGGCUCUUACCUAUGUUAUCCAACAGGAUCCCACUCUGGCUCUUCAACACCAGAUGACAAUAAUUGAAUGCUUAGACCAUCCUGAUCCCAUUAUUAAAAGAGAGACUCUGGAGCUUCUUUACAGAAUUACUAAUGCACAGAAUAUAACAGUGAUUGUCCAGAAAAUGCUUGAAUAUUUACAUCAGAGCAAAGAAGAAUAUAUUAUUGUCAAUUUGGUUGGCAAAAUAGCUGAGCUGGCUGAGAAAUAUGCUCCUGAUAAUGCAUGGUUUAUUCAGACAAUGAAUGCUGUAUUUUCAGUGGGAGGAGAUGUUAUGCAUCCUGAUAUUCCCAAUAACUUUCUGAGACUGCUAGCAGAAGGUUUUGAUGAUGAAACAGAAAAUCAACAAUUAAGGCUCUAUGCAGUUCAGUCUUAUUUCACUUUACUAGAUGUGGAAAAUGUGUUCUACCCACAGAGAUUUCUUCAAGUUAUGAGUUGGGUUUUAGGGGAGUAUUCCUACCUCUUAGAUAAGGAAACGCCAGAGGAAGUUAUAACCAAGCUCUACAAGUUACUUAGAAGUGACUCCAUUUCUUCAGAAACAAAAGCCUGGAUAAUUGCUGCUGUGACCAAGUUGACACCUCAAGCACACUCUUCUAAUAUAGUUGAGAGAUUAAUCCAGGAAUUUACCACAUCUUUGGAUACUUGUUUGAGACAGCAUGCAUUUGAAUUAAAACAUUUGUAUGAGAAUGUGAAAUUUAUGAAGGGCUUGCUUCCAGUUGAUAAGAGUUGUGAAGACAUGGUGGUAGAUGCUUCCUUAUCUUUUCUGGAUGGUUUUGUGGCUGAAGAACUAAGUCAGGGGGCAGCACCUUACAAACCUCACCACCAACGGCAGGAGGAAAAGCUUUCUCAGGAAAAAGUUCUCAGUUUUGAACCGUAUGGACUUUCCUUUUCUUCAUCUGGCUUCUCUGGACGACAGUCUCCUGCUGGCAUUUCUCUUGGUUCAGAUAUAUCUGGGAAUAGUACAGAGACCGGGCCAAAAGAGACAAAUAGCUUGAAGCUGGAAGGUAUAAAGAAAUUGUGGGGGAAAGAGGGCUAUCUUCCCAAGAAGGAAAGCAAAACUGGUGAUGAAACAGAAGGUCUUCCAGUCCCUCAAGAGAAUAUAAUAAUGGAGAAUGUAGAUCAAAUUAUAACAAAAAACGAUCAAUCUCAAGCCCUUACCCAAUCUAAAGAAGAGAAAGAAAAGCAGCUGCUGGCAUCAUCAUUAUUUGUUGGACUAGGAUCAGAAAGUACAAUCAAUUUGCUAGGAAAAGCAGAUACCCUUUCUCACAAGUUCAGAAGGAAAUCAAAAGUCAAGGAAACCAAAAGUGGGCAAACAACCACUGCUCAAAAUAUGACCCGUUCUUCCUUUAGUUCUUCAUCAAAUGUGACUUAUGAAGAAGACUAUUACUUGGAUCAUUUGCAGGAUAGAGGAGACAAAGAAGUAAAGAAAUUUUCUCUUAAUUCAGAACUUUUAGAUUCUGAGUCACUCACAGAACUGCCCUUGGUUGAGAAGAUCUCAAAUUGCAGGCUGUCUACACCCUCUUUGUUCGCUGAUAACAACAUGGAAGUUUUUCACCCUCCUCAGUCCACUGCAGCCUCAGUUGCCAAUGAAAUCUCUUUAGCUGCUUCUUUGUUGGAAGAAACUACUGAACACAUGCAUUCAGAUCUUACGGAGGUCUGUAAUAAUGAAACCAUAUCAGUGUCUUCUUACAAAAUUUGGAAAGAUGAGUGUUUGUUGAUGGUCUGGUCAGUUUUUAAUAAGAGUGCUUCAGAACUGAAAAGUGCUAACUUAGAAAUUGCUCCUGCAGAAAAUUUCAAGAUCACUGAGCAACCUGGAUGCUGCUUGCCUGUAAUAGAAGCAGAAAGCACCAAAAACUUUCAAUACAGUGUACAGAUGGAAAAACCUUUUACAGAAGGGAAUCUUUCUGGUUUUAUAAAUUAUCAAGUGAUGGAUACUCAUUCUGUUCAGCUCGAAUUUUCAGUAAACUUAUCACUAUUAGAUUUCAUUAGGCCAUUAAAAAUCUCGACUGAAGACUUUGGUAAACUCUGGUUAUCCUUCGCAAAUGAUGUGAAACAAAAUGUGAAGAUGUCAGAAUCACAAGCUGCUCUGCCUUCUACCUUAAAGGCCCUGCAACAGGAACUAAGACUUCAUGUUGUUGACAUUAUAGGCAAUGAAGGGCUGUUGGCCUGUCAGCUGCUCCCAUCCAUCCCCUGCUUGCUGCAUUUCCGAGUUCAUGGUGACAUGUUAGCCCUGUGGUUCAGAUCUUCCUGCUCUACUCUUCCUGAUUAUUUACUAUAUCAGUGUCAAAAGGUGAUGGAAGGAUCCUAGCAGAAGCUCUGCUUAUAUUUUACUCCCUCAAAAUAAAUGGUUUACAUAGAUAAACUUAUUUACCAAAGUAAAAAGGACUCAUGGUACUUCUAAUGAAAAUGGGGAUUAUUAUAAGUGUGGUUUUAUGUGUUUUCUUUAUGAUUCCUGAUCAAGAAAGAUCCCCAAGAAACUGUACCCCUAACCUUUUACUCAGGAUUGUACAGUAUGUUUGGGUCCUAAAACAGUGACCUAAGCUAAUGUUAUAAACUGCUAAUGAUUUAUAUAUCACUUAGUGUAGAGGGACUGAAAAUAUUUAUUUUGUUAUAAAUAAUUUUAUAGCAGAUUCACUCUAGUGCUGCCUGAUGUAUAGUAAAGCCAAGUCUCAGUUCUCUGCAUUAGUGAAGGGGAGACAUGGACUUAAUAAUCCCAAAUCGAAUUCAAAUUUGGCUUUGGAGUGCAAUGUAUGCUAUUUGGUAGGCAAGUCAUUACUUUCAAUAAUGUUUUGCUUAGAUCAGUAUUGAACUAAGUUGACACAGCACACACUAAUAGUUCAGGAGAUCCAUGAGCAUGUUGGA